GCAGCUCAAGUUCAGCUCUUCCUGUGUAUUAUCGUGGGCACCCCCCCUCGUGAUUGGGCUUCGUCAACUGCCUGGAUCUUUUGUUCGGGCUUGGUUGCUUCUCGCAUAUGUCGGCGCAAUCCUUCAGGCUCUAUUGGCUGAGCCACUGGCCAUUGGUGUGGCACGUUGUUAACAGCUUGGCGGCAUACUUGAUUGUUGGUAGACCGUGGUGUGGCACGACUAAAUUAAACGCGGAACGUCCCAGCCGCCUCAUGAUCUGGCGAUGCCCAGAUUUAGAGUGGUGGCGAUUCUACCCCUGCUCAAGCAUCUUGCGCUUUUUAGUGGCGGAAACUCCGAGGCCUGUUGACGCUCUUUUUCAUUUUUUCCCUGGCAAAUUGACAUUUUUUUUUCCACGUUGGGUGUUUCGUAUUGCGAAAGUUAGCACCUAACAGCUCCCGAGCCGUUGACAGAUCAUAAGGGCUUCUCGCCGGCUAUAUACGGGUC